CGACCAAGUUGCGCCGCCUCCAACAGCGUUUCGCAGCCAACGUCGCCAGGGAGGAUGAUUCUGGUAUACGAUUCGCGACACCAGCAUGGCAUUUGAGGUGUCGUACAACCUCGAGAAUGAGCAGCAGUUCUGGGAUGAGCUCGAUGAUAUCGUGUCGACGCGCUGUCAGGAACAGGAUCACGAGAUAAUCGAUAAUUCCCUACGCUCCUUCCUCAAUGUCACCACAAACUACCAGGCCGAGUAUCUCCAGACCGACUACAGCGUUGCGAAAUGCGUCUUCCGCUUGCUGGAGGGUGACCUCUUCCUUACGAAUAAGGAGUAUGUUCGGCGACAGAUAAUAUAUUGUCUGCUGCAAGAAGAGGACAACCCCACGCUUCACAUGGUCACUGCAUUUCUCCUGUACGAUGGUCGCAACAGUAGAGAGGAUGCGACAAUCUUCGAGAUGAUGCACGCAGAAGGCACCUUUCCCCGACUCGUCGAGUUGGUGCAGAUGGACACCGUGCAAGAGGAUUUGAGGUUGCAUCAAUUGCUGCUGGAGCUCUUAUAUGAAUCCUCGCGGAUACAGCGGCUCGGCCGGGAAGACUUCUUGGCCGUCAAUGAUGCUUUCGUCCUGUACCUUCUGCAAAUUAUAGAAGGUGCUUCUGACGACUCCGAGGAUCCUUACCAUUACCCGGUAAUACGCGUUCUGCUGGUUCUGAACGAGCAAUAUCUUGUAGCUUCCACUACCUAUCACCAAAACGGACGACCCGGAGUAACGAACCGCAUCAUCAAGGCUCUUUCGAGUCAUGGCAUGACUUACAAGACCUUCGGGUGCAACCUGAUCCUUCUUCUCAACCGAGAGUCCGAAACUUCCCUCCAAUUGUUGAUUCUGAAAGUUCUCUAUCUUAUCUUCGGAAACCGUUCGACUGCAGAGUACUUCUACACAAACGAUCUGCAUGUCCUUGUUGAUGUCAUUCUUCGUAACCUGAUUGACCUUCCCCACGACUCUCCCGCUGCGAACGCUUUACGGCAUACAUAUCUUCGUGUUCUACACCCAAUCUUGACGAACAGUCAAAUCAGCAAGCCACCGUACUACAAGCGCGAGGAUCUUUUGAGACUCCUCCACCUCCUCGGAUCGAGCGGUACGCACUUUGCGCCCGUCGACGAAACCACCCAGCGACUCGUCAAACGUUGCACAAGCGUGCGAUGGUUACAGCCGCCGGUAACUGAAGCGAACGAUGGUUACGAUGGUCCACAUUCUCCAACUGAACAUAUGGUCAACGGCCAAAAGGAGCUGGCGCGCCGUGCCCUGGGCAUGAAUGUACAAGGUGGCGGAGAGAGUUCAAACAGCGUUUUCGAGAUUGCCACGCACACUGAGAAGCCCGGUGUUCAAACGCCAAGUAUCGGAAAGAUGGUGCAGUGACACAGUCGUCAUCAGUAGGGGGCAUGGUAAAUCUCUAUUGUGUGGGUGUCUCCAUGACCAUUACGUCGUUGUUGUAUCUUAUCUGUUUUGAAGUUUCUGUGCGAUUUUCCAUGCAAUGCUAGCGAUUUUCUUGACUUUGAACACAAACUUGCAUGGGUGGCGCUUUGGAUGUGUAGCGUUCUGUUCUGCUUUUUUAUUUCUAUCGCCUGCAUUGUUUACUAGCGCUUCAUUUGUUCAAUCCCCAUCACCUUUCUAGUCCUAUAUGACGACAGUAAACAGAGCACUUAAUCAACCAAGAUACAUCCUUCGAUAU